AUGAAAAAACAAUUUGAUAAAUAUGUCCGAUUACUGCUGUUUCUUGAGAGGAGGUAUACAACAGGGACCUCCAUUUGUAGAGGGAGUGUCCACUGUGUGUGGCCCUCCGUGGAGGGAGGAGAGAGUGCUGCCCACUCCGUGGGGGACCAGAACACCUCUCAUCAGCAGGAAGGCCAGGAACAGGACCAGCACCAGCCCCACACAUAUCAUCACCAGGAACGGGAGAAUCAGAGUCAUGAACGACGGAGAAACCUUCUCCAGCAGUUGAGUCUUCCUGAUCUCAGAAUCCUGAGGGAAUAUGUACAUCUGCAUAGUGGUGAGUGCUACAGCAGAGAUGUGGAAGAGAGUGUGGCUGUGAGGGAAGAUAUCAAAUCUGCCAGGAGCCAGCCUCUCUGGGAUCUUGCUCACAAAGAAAAAGACAACGAUCCACGUUAGCAGGAUCGAUAGGAAAUGGAGAUGGAAGGUGGGCCAGAUGCAGUCUUGUCCAGUUGAUGCACACGACAACAUCCUCAGAGUGAAUGGAGUGAUACAGAUGACAUAGGCUGGAA